AUGUUUACCAAACACCAAAAUCCUUAUCAACUUUUUUUCAUGAAUCACCUCAGUACCAAACCAGACCUAAGUCAUUGGAGAAACCGUAGCGCAUUGGAGACGCUGUGUGGGCAAGCAUACGGUGCGGGGCAGAUCAGGAUGUUGGGGGUGUACAUGCAGAGAUCAUGGAUCAUUCUGGUGGUGUCCGCUUUUGUAUUGGUCCCCAUCUAUGUGUGGUCCCCACCUAUUCUCGAGCUUAUUGGAGAGACCACUGAGAGCUCUGAGGCCGCUGGAAAGUUUGCGGUGUGGAUGCUUCCACAGUUGUUCGCCUACGCCCUCAACUUUCCAAUUCAGAAAUUCUUACAAGCACAAAGCAAAGUUAGUGUGAUGGCCUGGAUCUCAGCUGCAGUACUCGUAGAACAUGCAUUUUUCAGUUGGUUGUUGAUACUUAAGCUCGAGUGGGGUCUGACUGGGGCAGCGAUCACACUCAACGUUUCCUGGUGGUUCAUCAUUAUUGGCCAGUCGCUCUACAUCUUCAUCACCAAGUCAGAUGGUGCUUGGGGUGGAUUCUCUUGGCUUGCGUUUGCAAACUUGUGGGGAUUUGUUAGGCUCUCUUUAUCUUCUGCUGUCAUGUUGUGCUUGGAAUUCUGGUACUUGAUGGUGCUGGUGGUUAUAACCGGCCGUUUGACGAACCCCUUGAUCCCAGUUGAUGCCAUCUCUAUUUGCAUGAACAUAAAUGGAUGGGAUGCAAUGAUUGCACUAGGGUUCAAUGCUGCAAUCAGCGUGAGAGUAUCAAAUGAACUUGGAGCUGGUAAUUUCGAGAGGGCCAAAUUUGCAGUGAUAGUAGUUUCGAUAACUUCCAUCGCUAUAGGAAUCGUCUGCAUGAUCGUAGUUUACACGACGAGAGAUUAUUUCCCCUACCUUUUCAUCAACAGUGAAGCUGUCGCGGAGGAAACUACUAAACUUGCAAUAUUGCUUGGAAUCACGGUCCUCCUAAACAGCCUUCAACCAGUCUUAUCUGGUGUUGCUGUUGGCGCUGGAUGGCAGUCUCUUGUUGCAUACAUCAACAUUGGGUGUUACUACGUUAUCGGAUUGCCGGCAGGAAUACUUCUUGGAUUCACAUUUAAAUUUGGAGUCGAGGGUAUUUGGUCAGGAAUGAUUGGUGGCAUUCUCUUGCAAACCAUAAUUUUGAUAGUAGUCACUUCCAUAACUAACUGGAAGAAAGAAGCUGAUGAAGCAGAGAGCCGUGUCGCUAAGUGGGGAGGAGGAGGAAGAGAUGCAGAUGUGUAA